CGGUGAAUGAGUGAGUGAGGAAACUGAGACGCUGACAGGUUUCCAGGUGCUCGUCGGCUGCUAGCCGAGCCGUUUGAUCCGUGGAGGGUACUUAACCCGCCAACCGACAGUCCGUCCACACAGCACGAGGGGCGGGCCGACUCGGGAGAUCACGUGGUAUACGGCUCUCCUCCCAUCCGCCAACUCUCGCCCUUCACCCUCGUGUGUGUACGCAGUCCAAGUUGCUGCAUCUGCACGUGACGUUCUUUCCCCUCUCUUUCUCUCUCUCCCUCCGAAUCCACCCCACCCUGGCCACCUAUCCUCGUUGUUGAUGAUUGGGACGAUGCGAAGCCGUACUGACGACGUAGCGAUGUCAGCAGGUCUGGAACUGUGCAACGUCGUCCAAAGGUUGCUGCUGUGGUAGUGAUGGUGGUGCCACUCUGCCUGCACCCCUCGACACAACGCCGCCUCCUCGCUCGUAACUGAUUACCGACGCUCGUGCAGGAGUCCGCCUUUCCGACAUUGUGGAGGAGGCAAGUCCCCCAUCCCUCCUGUGACAGACUAAACAAACAACAACAACAACAACAAAAUAGGUCGACUCGACGAAAUUGGCAACUCUUCAUCGUCAGUCAUCGCCAGGACGAGAGGCUGGUAGGGUAGGGGUGAAAAGGAAGUGAGGAGGCUUGCACCCUCCUUCUCUCUUUCUCUCUUCCUCCCUUCACCAAUACCCAUUCCUUUCCCUCUCUGACAAGCGCACAUUGGAGACUUCUUGGAGGCCAAUAUGCAAAAAGCGGGCAGUGAUACUGGAAUCGAUUACCAUUGUCUACAAUUCCGUGGAAAGCGGUGUCGGAGCCAAGCGAGUUCCCCGGGUGUUUACGGGGGAAAACACUCUCUCUACCCUCGCACUUCCAGGCACGGAGGAGUCGACUUACACCCAUCCAUCUCUGGGACUCGCCGUUUCCGCGGAGCAGACUCCGUGACCACCGCACCCGGCCGUCAAGGCAGGUACCCACACUCCCUGGUCGCACCCGUAAAGCUCCCGUCAUUCAGGGUGGACGCUACAAGCUUUUCAUUGUGAGCUCAUGAAAACUUCAUGACGUAAACAACAGAAUUAUUUUGUUUGUUUGUUUUUCUCCCCUCUCUCCAUUACGUUGCACGCUCGUGCGGCUUUUGACCUUUGAACCGCCGGAUCAUUCACACUUCAAUGAGUCUUGCUGAGACUGUUGUUGUCAUGGUAAGUCUGUUGUUAUGACGAGCCUGUUGUCGUGUAAAAAAAAAAAAUUACUCCAAAAAUCCAUUUUUUAGUAGGAGAGGAAACAGGUUAUCGCUUGUUGAACUGUGUGUGUACACGGGGUGGAGGUUGAUUGCAAGGUCACGAGUUCGUCUUCCAUGGUGACGUCACUGCAGCAUGUGCUGUGACAAGGUGAGCCGGCCGUGCACCCGGUGCUGUGACGUCAAGUGUCGGCAGCGUGUUGGCGCGGCUGCUGUUGCUGCUGCUGCUGCUGCAGCCAGACUUCCAGGACAUCUGCUGGCACCUGCUUCGUGCUGUCGCGCGACGGCGACGCCUCCCAGUGCAAUCGCUCUCCUGUGAAUUGUGCUUGAUUUAUCUCCAUCAUUGAUUGAUUUGCCUCGAAUUAGCUUCUGCAAGGAUUUUUUUCCCCUCCCACCAAAAAUUUCGAGCCUCCACUGCCUUCCUCCCCACUUGAGCCUUCGUCUCUCUUUCUCUCGUCCCCCCAACCCCCCGCCUUCAAGCAUUCAAGCGACGGUUGCGCCAAAGCCACUUGCUAACUGCUGCGAAUAUUGAGUGCUCUGGCAGCUGAAAGCUGGUGCCGGAACCAUUACGGGUGGAUACUACCCUUCAAAUUCUGACAACAACAUCUCCACCCUGGUGGUAAAUAUUACGUUAAAAAAGAAAAUCGUGAAGCAGAUGUGAGUAAGCUGAUUUUCGUUUUCACUUUCUCUGUAGUUUACUCUGGGGAAAAAUGUAAACUGUCGGAUGGUCAGGGUACACCUACCGUCUGGUUAGUCGCCAUGGCGUCACAGACUUUUCGUCUUUCGUCAGGUUUUACUUUUAAAAAAUGGAUACCUGGGAACGGAGCGUGCUGAGCGGCGAGAUGAAAGUAGAUAAGGUGUGAAGUGGAGGUGGGAAGGGGGAGAAAGCAAGACACCUGCUGUGUGCAGUGAAAUCUCUUGUGUUUCGUCAUCAGUGCCACGAGAUAAUGUCGGUGAGGACCGUGGCCCUCCAACGCCGCAGUCCUGCCUCCUCUCUUGGACAAGUCUGUGUCUGUGAUUCGUCGUUUCGUGGACUGGCACGUGGAUGUGCACGUCACGCCGACAAGGGAUAAAGCAGUUUGUGAGAGCACACCUAGGUGUGGGGGAAAUUUCGUUUUCAAAAUUACAUCGAAACUGCCAAUCGGCAUCAGGACGUGAAAGAAAAAUCAGUAAAAUAAUAACAAAAAUAAAAUUACAGUUUCUGUAAGCAAUGGGAGGUCCGUGUAGCGGUUGUUUGGACAGGUGCUCAAGUGCAAGGUGCAGACCUGUGUGUGUAUGUGUGCAAGUAGAGGAGUACACUGUACAUCGUACUAACUUCAUUCCAUGACCGGCCGGACAGUUGUUGGCUUGCCUGUACGCUUCCUGUCCAUUGUAGUCUGUGAUACACUUGCUUGCAUCUGCGGUCGCCAGCAUGGAGCUCAAGCCCAAGGGGGACAGGCCCCGCAUCUACAUGUCCAGCCGAACACACAAGGUGGUGGUUGUCUUUCCCAACGGCGAGGUCGUGGAAGUGGCCAACCCACCAGAGCGAGCCAAAGAUGACAGCAGUGUUGGCGCCAGAAACGGACAGCUGUCGAGGACGGGGUCGCUCACGGUCUUACGACGGACGAACUCCCGGAAGACGGGCAGCAGCAGCAGUCGGGCCUCCAGCAUCAGCAUGGACAGCGUCGACUCCUACGCCUCCGUGGACCUGGGCAUCGACAAAAUGCCGCCCAUCGAAACAGCAGAGGCAGCGCACGUGUGCUCCAUCAGAUUACGGAUGAUUGCACGACGGAUAGAGAAGGAGGAGAUACCCAAAGACGACCUCAAGAGGAAUCUAGAAUAUGCAGCGUCCGUGUUAGAAAACGUUUACAUAGAUGAGACAAGCUCCCCCGCCACCAAGCAGAAAGCUCCCAGUGCUGACAGGUAUCCCUCGUCCCUCACCAGGCGGCUGUGUGACGAGGAUGACGAGCUCAGCGAGGUGGAGCCAGAUGCUGUACCCAGCGAGGUGCGGGAUUGGUUAGCCUUGACCUUCACCCGCUCCAUGUCCAACAUGAAACGUCGAGGGGAGGACAAGCCGCGCUUCCGCUCAGUUGCGCAUGCCAUCCGCGCAGGCAUCAUGGUGGACAGGAUUUAUCGGCGAAUGUCCAGCUCUGCAGGCUUGCAUGUUCCUCCACAUGUGUUGUUGUUGUUGAAGAACCUAGAUGACUGGUCAUUCAAUGUAUUUGCUGUAAACGACGUAUCGGAUGGACAUGCGUUGAAGUUUGUCGGUUAUGAGCUGCUGCAGAAGUAUGACCUCAUCACCAAGUUUAAGAUCAACACGCAGGUCUUGGAUAGCUUCCUGUUCGCCCUGGAGGCUGGCUACAGCAAGUUUCGCAACCCUUACCAUAACCUCAUCCAUGGAGCUGAUGUUGCUCAGACCGUCCACUUCGUCUUGUCGCAGAGCCACCUGGCGCAUUGGUUGACAGACCUGGAGGUGUUUGCUACAAUAAUCGCUGCCUUGAUACACGACUACGAACACACGGGCACGACAAACAACUUCCACAUCAGCACGGCGUCGGAGGUCGCGUUGCUGUAUAACGACAGAGCAGUCCUGGAGAACCACCACAUCAGCGCCGCCUUCCGCAUGCUGCGAGAGGAUGAUACCAACAUCGCCAGCAACCUGAGCAAGGAGGAGUACAGGGAGUUUCGGAACCUGGUUAUCGAUAUGGUGCUGGCCACGGACAUGUCGUACCAUUUUCAGCAGAUCAAGAACAUGAAGAACCUGCUCAAUAUGCCAGAAAACAUUGAAAAGUCCAAAGCACUGUCCUUGGUGUUGCACUGUGCUGACAUCAGUCAUCCAGCCAAGGACUGGGAGCUACACGCCAGGUGGACAUCACACCUGCUGGAGGAGUUCUUCAGACAGGGUGAUCGUGAACAGGAACUUGGCCUACCAUUCUCACCUCUUUGUGAUAGAAAAAGCACACUUGUGGCAGAGUCACAGAUCGGUUUCAUAGAAUUCAUCGUCGACCCCAGCUUUCAAGUGAUGGGGGACAUGCUGGAGAAAGUGUUAAGUCCGCUUCACCAACAUCAGGGCUCUGGGCGGUCCGCUGUCGAGGAGUCCAUAUCAGAGGAGGUGUUCGAAACCCGGGAAAACAAACGGGACAAGAGCACCAGUACCUGUGGACUGUCACGGCCUGGGACUCCCAGAACUCCUCUGUCGCCAAUCGGACGAUACGAGCUGAAGCGACCGUGGGUGGAGUGUCUUCAACAAAACAAACUCAACUGGAAGGAUAAAGCGCUUGCAGACGCCGAGGAAAGGCAGAGGGUGGCUUCUCAGUCCUCAUCGCCAUUGCCCAUCUGAACACGUGGACAAACAGGCUGACAAGAGUCGCUCACAGACGCCGGUCAGCGCCAGUGGGAAACCACCGAGUGCCAAGUCUCCAGCAGAGAGAACACGACAAGUGGAGACCAAAGACACGAGCGCCAGCACAGCCUCACCUGUGCCGCAGCAGCAGGAGCAGCAUCAGCAGCAGUCGCCUGCUCAGCGAGACUCCGUCUCAGACUCUUCCUCUGAAAUCAGUAUUAAGCCCCUCGUCAAAGGUAAGAAGUGACAAGCCCACCGCCUCCUACAUCGGUGUCAUCCCCUUUUCUUCAUCUUCUUUCUCGUCUGCGAUAUGUGAGCGCUGGUGGUGAUGCUGUGCUGAUGGUGGUGUGUAGUGUUCAGUUCGCUCAGAGCUACAGUGUAGGUCAAGGGCGAAACAAAAAUAAAUAGAGACUUCCAAGAUGGUCGCCGCUGGACAGGAGGAAGAAGGCCGAGACUGCCGACCUCUGGUGGCAAGUUGAGGAGUGGGUAAGUGUAGGCUGACUGCCGGGAAGGGACAGACCUCCCUGUGCUGCUGGACUGUCCUUUCCGAGCUGUUCACCUACCUUCAGGCCCACGACCUUGACCUGCACCUGUGCCCUCACCUUUCCUUUUCCAACACAAAACACACACAGGCUCACACAAAUAAACAUUCUUAUUUUUCAUUCGAGAUGGUUACAGGUUGUGUGUGCUCGUUAACACUCUCAGUGAUUAACCUUUCGUGCUGUGUCCAGGGCAAGGCCCUUGUUACUAUUAAAAACUCUUGACCUCUGCCCUUCACCACGAUGACGUCAUCACCACUUCGUUAACGCAAGCGUAGGCGCUCAUUUCGCAGUCUGCACACGCUGAAACUCGACUUACAAGACAGAGCAAGUCACCUGCCUUGUUUGGCGUUCAAAGACCACGGUUUUUGUAAUUAUUAUUUACAUGGAUGGAGAUGCCUCUGAGGACGAGACAGCACGCGCUGCGAGCAUGACAAAAGUAUCAGACACGAGUGAUAUGGAACACUAGCAAUGAUGCAGCAGCUCACAUGAUGGUGUCAGCUGUACUUAACGUGCAUAAUAUUCCACGCAGGCCAGGGUUUGUGCUAAUUCCUCCCCCGCUACCCCCCAGUGCAAGGAGACUUCUGAGUGGCGCCCACUGUGAACAUCGUCAGAAAGCUGCAACAGACUGUGUCCAUAUGAGUUUCUUACAGGUCGUGAGUUUGAAAAUAGACUUUUUAUAUAAAAAAAACCAUUUCUGAUGAAGAAAUGACUUCAGAUUUUUAAGGCUUCCUCAGACCUCAUCUGGUUGAAAAGUAAUUUUUCAGCUGUGGGGUAUUUUUUUUGUUUUGUUGCCAUUCUAAAAUGCAUUCAUUAUUAUUAUUUUUGCUCCAUAUCUUGCUCUCCGUUUCUCAUUUCUUCGCUCUCUCUCUCUGCUUCUUCCACUUAGCUUAUGCAUUCUAUGCAGCUAAGACGCGCUGGAGGGAGAUAACUCUGCACGUCUCGUACUAGUCGAGGUUAUUUCUUUUUUAUAUUUCAUCACAUCGGCCAGGUUUCACACAUCUCUGUAUAGAUGUUCUAGCAGCUGCUGCUAGGACAAUGCUUUUGCUGCCUUAAAAUGACUCAGUUAUAUUUAUAUUACAAGUACUCAGUAAAUCAAAUGUUGCAAAUGCUUGCAAAAUGGCUGAAGCAGGAUUUUUUUAUUAUUAUUAAACCUGUUGGCAAAAACCUUUAUGGUUUAAAAUGUUGAUCGCUAAAGAAAAACCAAAAUGAAACUUGGUUGUUUUAGGUUCAAAACAAUCUCGUGCAAGUAUGGAAAAGUUCUAAGUAACAGACAUGACACAACUAGGGACAAAAGAUCUUCAUUCGGUUUGGCUGCUGCAUGACUUUGCGAGCUCAGAGCGCAAUGAUUGGCUAAUUUAAAAUCUUGAGAUGGGUGGUCCAGUACAUUUCGAGUACUCGGCCAGUUCUGUGCACAUGCGAGACAUGGCAACUUUAAAACUUGGAUGCUUGUGUAUGGGCAACAACAUUUUUCACCCAGUUCUUCAAUUCUUAUAUUAUAAGGAUGUAACCGUUAGGUACUUGCUUUGAAGGGAAAAAUGUGCUUCUGAAGAGACGAACCCAUCCUUUUUUUCGAUGGCAGAAACUUUUUUAAGUUUAAAGAAAGAGGCGCGAAGCUUUGCAGAUUGGCUUCGUCGAUGUCAAUGCAACAAUCGUCAUUUUCGCAUGUCCAUGUCAAGAAAAUACAAAUUUUGUUGGCACAAGUUUAUUCUACUGUAUUUACUGCAGGUCACGUGUCAGAGGACGCCGCAGGAAAAAAAUUCUUCAACCAUUUUUGCUCAUCGCUCGUACCACGUGAUCACUCACUACACACCUAUCGUUAAUGUAAUUUUGAAAUGCUUUUUGUUUCAUGUUUUGAUAACGUGUUUAGCAAGACAGGAAAGCUACUUAGUUCUCGCCGUGAUAUAUACCCUUAGACCCCGGCUUGAGCAAAGGACUAACAAACAGUAGUAGUACACCGUUAAGACUCGAGUUUAUGAUCAGAUUUGUUUAAUUAACUAACAUGGAGAAAAGUAACGGCAUGAUUCGAGGUUGUUUUCUUUUGCGAAAUCACCCGAGGAUCACGAGAACAUUUUUUAUAAGCUAUGAGAGGAGUGUUGUCUAGUUAGGAAAUCUUACUUAGAAACAAAUUUUUAAUCCUCGAGUCAGUCAUCAGAACAAAAGAAAAAAAAAAGUUCCAUGAUGCUUAGCUGGUGGUGAGGGACUAUCCGACUGAUUUCUGAUCCCAAUAGCUUUUUUUUUUUUUAGUUUCUGGGAAAGUAAAUGACGAGGAUAUAGAUAUGUUAUCCAUACUUGUAAUAACAUACUUUUGCAAUCAUGAAGAAAAAAUUCAGCGUUAAAUGUGGUUUUCCGUUAGUGCACGUCCGCGUUUAGUGAAUCGUUACGUCAUCAAGGAAGGGGGGAGGGUCUUUAACUCCUUCUACAAACUGUGAAAGGGCAACGGUGUGUUCCAGUAACCCCCUCUCCAGCCUCUUCCGUUACAGAUCGUCGAGCUUCUACUUCUUGUACAUAAAAUUUCAGGAAAAUAGGGCCGGCUGUUUGCUAACAUUUCUGCUGACCUGCAGCUGGCCUGAAAAAAGUUUCCAAGCUCAAAACAAAACUUGACUUGCUGUCUUUUUGAGAUGAUCGGCUAAAACUGAUGAGGACAUUUUAUAUAGACGUGCUUAUAUAGCUAAUAGGAAAGAAGUAUCUAGCAGCAAAUCUAAAAUUUAACCAGAUUAUUGAAGAAAAAAAUUAUAACGAAGGUCUUAAUAAAACGGGGGGUAAGGCAAGGCGAGUUGUUUCCCUUUCUACUUGUGUCAGUCUUUCAAAUUUUUCAUCAUUUCGAGGUGCCACAUACCGCACCGGCAAUGGAAGUUACAUACUGUGAGAGUUGUGACAAGUCAUCACUAGUAUUAAUUAAUAUUCAACACAAAUUACUAUUUGCUGUAGGAUUGCUUCUCCUGCUCACUUGCAUGCUUCUCUCCCCUGCUGCUACUUGAAACUGUCUGAAGGAUGCAGUAGACUUCUCUCAGGUGUGGUCACGUGACAGGACUGUCCUGUGAGCGUGCCUAGAGCGAAUGAUGCAAGUGUUUGAUGGCAAAUCAUUUACAGGUGAGAGAUCAACUGAAAGACUUCUUGAUGUCCUCCACACGUAAAUGUAAGAUGGAGGAUAGACAGAACUGCUGCUAUGCAGGGCCGUGCUCAGAUUUAUCGAGAGGAGUUAUCGAUGUCUAGUGUCAAACUAAAUGAGAUAUACACUGCUGUGGUGUACAGUGAGCUUUCUUAAACUGGAACCAUUUUUUUUUCUUUUUUUACUGUACGCGCACUUUACAUUCGUUGAACUUUCAUUUGUCACUCAGGUUAGCUAAAGUGCCAGUGUCGAGUUGAUUACCUUCACCUGUACACUUGUGGUAAAAUAACAUGAAGCCACACACAAAAGUUGGAAAGCAAUUGGUAGUCUAAAAGCUCCCAUAAUUUAAAAAAAAUAAGUGCGAUAGGUAGAUAUUACCAAAGCCUCCAGCAAUCUCUUGUAUUACUAAAAGAAUUUAAUUUAUGAUUUACGGGGGGAGGGAGACGUGUUCUCUUGGCUGUGCUGUCAGUUCAACAACCUCCCCCUAACAGCCUUAGUGAUCUUUAGUGGCCAAAGCACAGGACUGUCACAUGCCUGACUUUCUCACAGGUAAUCCAGUCACCUGAUGUUCCCGUGUUACUUGUUUGCAAUGAGAAUGAAACAUGUCCGUCUCUUGGUUGUUGGAAUAGCAAGCAACCGGGUUUUUUUCCAAACUGCACGUGGAAAAGUUGACAGCUGCAACAGGAGAAGGCAUGAUUUAAAAAAAAACAAUUUUACUCACAAACUUUAAACUUUCUUCAGCAGCUAUUUACACUGAUGGUGAUUCAAAUACCAUCAACUUUCAUGAGUGGAACUAGCAUUCUGCCUUGUACAAAAAACAACAAAAAAAAAAAUUUCAAAGUCUGCUUCGAUCCUUGUUGUUUGUAAUUUUUUUUAAAUGCCGCUUAAGAGGCUUAAACAUUUUUUUUAUGAGAGCACGAAGAAAGGUAGGUAAAUAAAACAGACUUCGAUACCUUUCACCAUUAUGUCUCCUUUAGCAUUUCAACCCUUGCAGUGAAAAUUGUGUCAACAGAACAACAAUUCCUCUCUUACCACAAGUAAGAAAAUGCUGAUUCACACUUCCUGAAGUAGGGACACAAAAGUUCAUCCAUGAUAACGGUUGUGGUUCACAGCACCAAAGCUUGAGCUAUGCAGCAUGUGAGCUGUCUUGCUUGGAAAAAUCAUAACCACAUACUUCCAACUGAUUCUCUCUCCCUUGACAAUCUCAUUUACUAUAAUUAUCUACAUCUCGUACAAUUUUCCAUCUAAUUUCAUCUUAAUCGCCCCACCCUUUUUUUUUAACCGAAAAAGUACAAGUGGCAGAGACUAGGAAGCUGCUUGCAUGUCUUCCCAGUUUUUUCGGACAGGAUACAACUGCAGCAAGUGGUCAGACAAGUGUAAACACUUAGUGCUCACAGGGUGUGUCCCUUUCUUGUUUCCGCAUGUAGGUUUGGCUUCACUGUAAAUACUUGACUGACGAGUUGCUUUACAAAAGUGCUCGCCGAGUAUUUUCUGUUAUUUCGGAUCUGUGAUGUAUUUUUAAAAAAACCUCAAGUAGUCGCAAGUUUUAAAUUCUUAUAUAUAUCUGAAGUAAUCAUCUAACAUGCAAAGUAUGUCUUUCAACUCUGAUUGUUUCUCCAUGUGUGAUUGGCUGUUACCAUGUUAUCAGGCUCAGUUGAAGAACGAUGGUACUGUUUCAUUCAAUAAAAGAACUAUAACCUUCUCUUGUGCUUUUUUAUUCUCUUAGUGAAGUUUCAUAAGGUGGAAAGGUGCACGAAGCACUCAAACAAUUCUCGAUAAUUUGAUGCACUGUUUGAAAACACCAAUAAGAGACUCAUUAAAAAUAUUUUUUAAUGAAGCAAAUUUUAUUUAUUAAUUUUUUUGUAUUAUUAUUUAUAUAUUUGCAGCUGUAACAAUAACAAACAAAAUCAACAUUAGGGAUAACCAUGAUGGGAUCUCACAGAAUAUUUCUUUUUUCUCCACUCCUUAUAAUCGUUCAUUGAAAGUGAACAUUUUAAACUCAUCUUCUCUUUUCUGUAUAUUUACACGAAAUAUGCACAUAUGCGACAUAACAGGAAAGAAUCUUCUACGGCUGUGUACAUGAACAAAAUGAAUAAAACCAUCUUCUCAAGA